AUGUCGCCUCAAGCCCUGGACAGCCUCGUCAAGCUGUCCCACAGCAGCAGCGCCACCCUCUGCGGGCGCAGCCAGCACGGGCGCCAGCAGCACUGCGAGCUGGUCCGCCGCGUCCAAGCAAGUCUCACGCGGGCGGUAACGGAACGUCUCAGGCGGAACCGGCGGGAGCAGGUGCCGAGGCAGCAGGAGCAGGAGCCGUUGGGGCCGGAACCGGAGGAGGGGGUGCAGCUGCAGGCGGUGGAUUCAAGUGGAGCGCGGCUGGACGAGGAGCCGCAUGGGCAAGCGAGGUGUGCUUCGAACUGCUCUGGCUCUGCGUUGCCCUCUCCUCGCGCACCGCCCUCGACACUUCCCGCUAAAGAUCCGCCAUCGUCACGGGCGGACGGUACGCCCCACCACCUCCGCGUCCGCGGGGACCUCUCCAGCCACCAUGACCGUUGGGGUGAGCAGUCCAGUGAGAUUGCUGAUGGUAACGCCGUGGAGAAUCGCGGCGGCGUUGUGACGACUCACGCUCCUGGUGGGGCGCGGGAGAAUGGGGGCGAGACUGGCGGCGGUCAGGCGACGGGGGGCGUGACGGCUGACCCGCCGGGGCCAUCGACAUCACAACAGGCGCGGACUGGCCCAGUGCCGUGGGCGCAGUCAGGAGAACCGGGCCACCAGUGGUGGCGGACGCCGCCUGCGGCGACGAAGCAGAGGCCGGAGCAGGCUUGA